AUGAGGCAGCAGAAGGUGAAGAGUGAGAUAGCAGAAGUGAAGGAUGAGUUCAAUAAAGAGGAAAGUGUGAUUGAAAGUAAGGAGGAUGAGGCUACAAAUGAAGAUGAUGAAAAAGAAAGUGAAACUGAAGAUAUGUGGAAUGAUAGCAAAAAUGAAUGGUAUGAAAAAGAAGGAAAUAUUGAUUUGGAAG